CGAAAAUUCAUGCUGAGAUCUUUGAAGUUUCACACAAGUUAUCUCUCCACAAUACAAUAAAGUAUGAGUCCAUUUAAAUUUAUUUUGGUUUCAGUAUUUUUUGUUGAUGUACUGAAUAUAGUUGCACAAAGAGCUUGUCCUAAACUAAAUGAAGAACUGAAAUCUUGUGGAGCUUGCGAUGGAACGUGCGAUAUUCCAAAUCCUAUAUGCUCCGAUUUAUGCAGACCAGCUUCGUGUGGAUGCAUCAACGGUACUGUUAGAAAUAAAUAUAACAAAUGUAUCCCAGUAAAAGAAUGUUGUCCUGAACCGAAUGAAGAACUGAAACUUUGUGGAGCUUGCGAUGGAACGUGCAAUAUUACAAAUCCUUUUUGCCCUGAAGACUGCGGACCAGCUUCGUGUGGAUGCAUCGAGGGAACUGUCAGAAACGAUUAUAAUAUAUGUAUCCCAGUAGAAGAAUGUUGUCCUGAACCGAAUGAAGAACUGAAAUUUUGUGGAGCUUGCGAUGGAACGUGCGAUAUUCCAAAUCCUGUAUGCUCCGAUUUAUGCAGACCAGCUUCGUGUGGAUGCAUCAACGGUACUGUUAGAAAUAAAUAUAAUAAAUGUAUCCCAGUAGAAUUGUGUUGUCUUAAACCGAAUGAAGAACUGAUACCUUGUGGAGCUUGCGAUGGAACGUGUAAUACUCCAAAUCCUUUUUGCACCCUUGAAUGCGGACCAGAUUCGUGUGGAUGCAUCGAGGGAACUGUCAGAAACGAUUAUAAUAUAUGUAUCCCAGUAGAAGAAUGUUGUCCUGAACCGAAUGAAGAACUGAAAUUUUGUGGAGCUUGCGAUGGAACUUGCGAUAUUCCAAAUCCUGUAUGCUCCGAUUUAUGCAGACCAGCUUCGUGUGGAUGCAUCAACGGUACUGUUAGAAAUAAAUAUAAUAAAUGUAUCCCAGUAGAAUUGUGUUGUCUUAAACCGAAUGAAGAACUGAUACCUUGUGGAGCUUGCGAUGGAACGUGUAAUACUCCAAAUCCUUUUUGCACCCUUGAAUGCGGACCAGAUUCGUGUGGAUGCAUCGAGGGAACUGUCAGAAACGAUUAUAAUAUAUGUAUCCCAGUAGAAGAAUGUUGUCCUGAACAGAAUGAAGAACUAAAACCUUGUGGAGCUUGCGAUAGAAUAUGCAGUAUUUUAUAUCCUAUAUGCCCUGAAGACUGCGGACCAGCUUCGUGUGGAUGCAUCGAAGGAACUGUCAGAAACGAUUAUAAUAUAUGUAUACCAGUAGAAGAAUGUUGUCCUGAACCGAAUGAAGAACUGAAAUUUUGUGGAGCUUGCGAUGGAACGUGCAGUAAUCCAAAUCCUAUAUGCCCCUUUUUUUGCAUAUCAUCUUCGUGUGGAUGCAUCAGCGGUACUGUUAGAAAUAAAUAUAACAAAUGUAUCCCAGUAGAAGAAUGUUGUCCUGAACCGAAUGAAGAACUAAAACCUUGUGGAGCUUGCGAUGGAACGUGCGAUGUUCCAAAUCCUAUAUGCACUGAAGAAUGCGGACCAGCUUCGUGUGGAUGCGUUAACGGUACUGUCAGAAAUAAAUGUAACAAAUGUAUCCCGUUAACAGAUUGUUGUUAUUAAUAUGAAGUUUUGAAUUCUAUGUUUAAUUCGGGUUAUACAAUGUAUUGUCU